CAAUCCCUUCCAGCCUACGCCUCCCGCGCACGUCGCCAUCAUCCCGAAGCGGCGAAGUUAACAUGCCACCAGCCGGUACAGCCGCCGCCUCGUCGUCGACCCUUUGUCCCACUGUUCCUUCUCCACUCCUCCCACUUCUUCCCACUUCGAUCCCCUCCUCCACAACACCCACCCUCCCAUCCCCACGGCCCGGCCGUAACCACCACCCUCCACCAUGGCCGACGAGUACCUAGACGACGAUGAGUUCGACGACUACAACCCGCACCCCUACGCCGGCGGCUACGACAUCUCCGCCACCUACGGCUCCCCGCUCCCGCCCUCCCCCGCCACGUGCUACCCCGUCUCCUCGCCCGCCGCAGUCCCCGCUCCCACCGCUCCGCAGCCGCGAUCUCCGCUUCCUCACCAGCCGUCCCCACGUCCUCAGCCUCCUGCGCCAGCGCAGCCUCGGCCGAGCUCGCCCCCGCCGCCCGUGGCGGAGCCGUACUACUGGCCCAAGCCGUACGACUACGGGGAUGCGCCGCGUUACCAGCCGGCCUACGCCACGCCGGAGGUGUUCCGUGGUUGGCCGUUCUUGCCGGGGGCGCCGUGCCGCUCGGCGUGCGGGCGCGACUACUGGAGGCAGUGCAUGCGGGGGCUCGAUUACCUCUUCGGACACUCCGACGGCUACGGGGAGCGCCGGAUCGGGGUCGACUGCCUCGGGGUCCCGGUGUACGCCAACAGGAAGGGGGGCGUCGAGGACGCCGUCGUCGUCGAGGUGGCGCCGCCGGCCACUGGGACUGUGGAGUGGCACGACACCAGCGAGGAGCAGUAUUAUCAGAGUAAUCGAUUGUCUUGGUAUGGGAACACAGAAGAGGAGACGUAUGCAUAUGCACAGCCUACAUACCCUUCCUAUGAUAGUUCUUAUGAACAAUCCUAUGGUGUUUCAGAUGAAACUACCUGGUUCCCUAAUCAGAGCUACCAGGAGGUCUACAAUGAGGAGGAAUCUCAAUAUCAGCAGGAGUUCUUUUCUUACAAUGAAGACAGUAAGAUUUCGUCUCAACCUAUUUUUAGCUACAAUCAGCAUGUUGGUGAAGAACCACUACAUUUUCAUGUUGAGCCUCCGGAAACAGUUUCUUCUCACAAGUUGGAGUACUAUGAGAACUUCUCAAUAUACAACAGUCAAAAUAAUGUUGAUAAUUUGGAGAGUUUGGGACAAUUAUACGAGAUACAACCCUAUAUGCACAUACCUUAUGAUCAACUCGAGCCUUGUACGCCUUCAUGGUCUCUGAAUCCGGGAUACUAUCGAGCUUGCACAGAAGGGAUGGCAAUGACUCCUGAAUAUGAUAAUCAUACACUGGCAUCAGGUGACUGCUGGGAUAUGUCGAGCUUAUUUAUGCCUCCAUUCUAUCCUCAAGAUAUACAAGUAUAUGAGCAGUCUCAUGGUGAUGAGAAUGUCUAAACUGGCAGAGCAACUAGAAUGUGCUUUCUGAAGAUGACCAUCAGAUAACUAAAUCGUAAAUCAAAAUGUCAUGAUAUACAUAUGCAAGCACUGUGGGUUUGUUUGGAUGCAGCCCUCGUCAAAAUUGCCUGGUCAGGCAAUCUUGCAAGCAAUAGCAGACAGCUUACAGGCAGUGGCACGCAUGGAAUGGAUUUUACAAUGGUCUGAACUGGCAAUUUCAAUAGAUACUUUUCCUUGGAGCAAAUCAGGACUCAGGAUACAAGUUUCUCUUUUUUUUUCCAUUUGACAUGCUUCUGCCCUUCUUGUGCUGGAGUGCUAUCUGGCUUCAUUUUUGUGUAACAAAUUGGCUCAAUGUGUAAACUGCAGAGUGAUGGAGCUAACCAUAUAAAUCACUUCUUCUGGCCCUAUGGAGAGUACUCAACCUGUACUGUAUACUCAGCAUUGUAGUAAUGUUGCUUCAGGUUCAGCUGUAUAAUUGUAUUCACAUUUGUUUUAGAUUUACUUGGCCAAGUGUAAAUAAAAACUUUAUUUGUAAGAUAUUAUGUUCCAAGUAUGUGCAAGAGCAAUUGCUGCAUUUCUGAUCAGAGAUA